UAAUCAUUUCAAAUCCGCAAUUUCUUCGAAACUUUUGGCGAAAAAAACCCGGAAAAAUGACACCUUUUCUGUGUAUGCUUGUAAUAGCCGAAAUGGUCGUGAUCCUGAUCCUCUUGUUUAGGACGCCGUUAAGGAAACUAGUGAUGGUUGUGAUGGAUCGUUUGAAGGAGGGUCGAGGUCCGGUGAUGUCGACGGUUGCAGCGACGUUGUUUGUGUUCUUGAUGUCGACUUUGUAUAGUAUAAUGAAGAUUCAACAACGUUCGAUGGAGAACGGAGCCGUGAAUCCAACGGAUCAUGUUCUUUUGGCAAAUCAUAUACUCGACGCGUCCUUGAUGGGUUUUUGCCUAUUUCUCGGAUUGAUGAUCGAUAGACUUCAUUACUACGUCAAACGGUUUGAUGAUUCCGAAGGCAUCAAACCCGUCAACAAAGCGAAGAAAACCUAUGAAACAUCGGACUCGGAUUAAAUCAACGUCAAUGUAAAUAAAUAAGGGACUUAAUGGAAUCAUACGACAUUAAUUUGAUAGUCGUUUACGUUAUUCGAGUGGCAACUGUAUACAUUUUCGUUAAUUUCUCGUCAAGGAACG